CGUCCGAUCAAUCGAACGGUCUCAACGUGCCUCAGAGGCUCUUAACAUUUUUCUCUCAUUUGAAUUUAUCUCAUUUAACUAUUACGAAUAUGAAGAACCCAGUCGUGCCGAGUUGGACCGAGUCGACUCGGAAUCUCUUCAAACCAGUCAUCGUUUUAGUCAUCACUUUCGCUGCCACCGUCAAACUAUCUCAGUCUCUCUAUCGCUACAACCUCCGCCGCCGGUCAAGAGCUCGCUCUGGAACGAUGUCGUCGUCUUCUUCAUCUGACAACGGCACCGGCGUCCAAGCUCGUAGGCGCAGUCGUAUUCUCUCCAGCAAGCUCUACUUCGACAUCCCCAACUCCAAGGUGCCGUUGAUUUACUCGUCUGCAUACGAUAUUACUUUUCUUGGCAUUGAGAAGCUGCACCCGUUUGAUUCGAGUAAAUGGGGUCGGAUAUGUGGGUUUCUGUUGGUGGAUAAUGUUGUGGACAAAAAUUGCAUCGUAGAGCCUCUGGAAGCUUCAAAGAAUGAUCUCCUUGUGGUACACUCGGAAGCAUACUUGAAUUGUCUAAAGAAAAGUGCAAAUGUUGCUAUGAUAAUUGAGGUACCUCCUGUUGCCGUAUUCCCUAAUUGCCUAGUGCAGCAGAAAGUUCUCUAUCCAUUUCGCAACCAGGUGGGGGGAACUAUCUUAGCUGCAAAGCUUGCAAAAGAGCGAGGAUGGGCCAUCAACGUGGGGGGAGGGUUUCAUCAUUGCUCCGGGGAAAAAGGAGGGGGAUUCUGUGCUUAUGCAGAUAUUUCUCUUUGCAUACACUUUGCCUUUGAGCGGUUAAACAUAUCAAGGGUGAUGAUUAUUGAUCUUGAUGCACAUCAAGGAAAUGGCCAUGAAACGGAUUUUGCCAAUGACUGUCGAGUCUAUACACUGGAUAUGUACAACCCUGGAAUAUAUCCAUUUGAUUAUGAAGCAAGGAGAUACAUUGAUCAAAAGGUUGAAGUAGUGAGUGGAACUACAACAAAUGAGUACUUGAGAAAAUUAGAUGAAGCACUUGAGGUUUCUGUUCAUAGUUUUGAUCCUGAGUUGAUAGUCUACAAUGCUGGAACUGAUAUUCUAGAUGGAGAUCCUCUGGGCAGGUUGAAGAUCAGUCCUGAUGGGAUAACAAAUAGAGACGAGAAAGUUUUCAGGUUUGCUCGUAAGAGGAACAUUCCUAUUGUCAUGCUCACAUCAGGUGGUUACAUGAAGUCUAGUGCCAGAGUUAUAGCAGACUCGAUAACCAAUCUCUCGAACAAAUGCCUUAUAGAUACAGGUAAAAACAUGACUGCCACAUGAACCAUCCCCCAAUGUAUUUUGUGGCUAUUUAUGAGGUUGGGUCACUGCCAAGAAGCCAUGACAUGGGUUUCAGGAUUCAUACAUGAAUGAUAUAUGCAUCUGAGACGAGCUAGGCAUGCAUAUUCACUAAAAACAAUGUAUAGCAAUAGCUUAAGUAGCGGGGGAGAUUCAUCAUUCUUCGUUCUGGUUGGCCAUGACUGCAUCUUGUAAUAUACAGUCACGCGUUCGAAUUCGAUGAGAUAAGAGAACGCCUACACUUAGGUUCUGCAUAAAUGUGUUGAUUAUCUGAGAUUAGAGAUUAUCGAAUUCAAUGUAAUAUAGAGUCAAGCUUUCAGCC